UCAAUAAUCAUGCAACCUCAAGCUUCAAAAUUCAAUCAAGUAGCACAAAACAAGGAGAGCUGAGAACAGAUUUCAGGGUUCCCCCACAAUAUCAAGAUGUUUGGGCAAAGAGGAAGAGCUCUUUCCAUGGGAGCUGUUGGUCUGGGUUCCUGGAUUUUUGUUGUGUCCAUCACAUCAACCCUAGCUGAUUUGAAGACUAGACCCUGUAAACCUAAAGGCCCUCCAGGACCCCCAGGCCCACAAGGACACCCAGGACUUCCAGGACUUCCAGGACCCCCAGGACCCACAGGAAUGAAAGGGCCUCCAGGACUUCCAGGAUUUCCAGGAUCCCCAGGGCCUCCGGGAGAUAUCAUGAAAUGCCUAGCUCCGCCCAAAUCUGCCUUUGCUGUGAAGAUGAGUGAUGCUCUCCUAAAGCAACAUCAGCCCAUUGUCUUCAAGGAGUCUCUAUACGAUCGGCAGGGCCACUUUAAUCUGACCACUGGCGAGUUCAUAUGUACCAACCCUGGUAUGUACAGUUUUGGCUUUGACAUCAUGUUGUUCCAGAAUUCUGUGCAAAUAAGGCUGAUGAGAAAUAGCAUCCAGAUGAGAGAGAAAAAAGUCCAAGCCACAGACAGCUACAAGUAUGCUUUGGGGACCAUCAUUGUAAGCCUAGAGAUGGAGGACAAGGUCUGGCUAGAAUCCAUGCUGGAUGAAACAGAAUCAAAACAAGGAGUCACUGAAAUAGUGUUCUUUGGAUAUUUGCUCUAUGGGAAGUAAAUGGCUUGGUGCUCCAUCUCUCUCAUAAGUCUGGGUUACUGAAUGAUAUUCCACAUCACAUGAAUGCUAUGCCACAAAAUGAGAGAAAAUGUUCAAGAUAUCAGGGGUGUCUGAUUGAGAAAAGGACAGCUUAAGACUGACUCCCUAAAGCGCCAUGAAAAAGUCAAUUUGCAAAGACCCAAAUCCCAGUGCUGUACCAGACCCUGACAGGGUGGGGUGCUUUAGGAAAUCAGAGAAAGCAUUUAGGUGCUGGAUGAGCUUGAUAUUGGAAGCCCUCAGUGAGUCUCUAAAUCAUUCUUAAAAUUUUUCUCCAGGAAGCAAUGCCUUGCCUUGUCCCAGAUUUAUGGAAGACAUGGGCAAUGAGAUGGAUUUUCCUGGUAGAAAUGGUAGUCUUUCAAAGACUAACUAAAAAAAUGUGAGUUCCUAGGGUCACUAAAGUUCCUUUCCAAGGGGGACUUUUAGAUGGGUGGAAGGAGGGAAGUGUGGAAGUUGUGUCAUACUGCUUAUGCUGUGUAGGACUAUCCUCUGACAGACGGACACCAUCUUCCUGGACUUAGCUGUGCCUGUUGUCCUAAGGUUAUCACAGCUGGUCUUGUUGACUCAUGAUACCCCUGCAUAAGAGGGACAGGGAGAAUCAUAGGACCCUCACCUGAGUAUUCAGCUCCACUUCCCAACCCAUGAUGAGCAAUUUGGCCCUAACUGCACAUGGUCUGGGAGAAACUCUAGAGUAUAUGGACUGGGGAAAACUGAGGGAAGGGACAUAUUUUUAUGUGGCUAUGGGGAAGCCAUCAUCCAAGCUUGGUUGAAAACUGCCAGGUGUGUCCAUAUGGGGGAGAACUCAUGUUUCUGUAAAUAAUCCCUCACCAAUUGCUCUGUAAGUAAGCUCAAUAAACUCUUUGGUUUCCCAGAA